UUACUCUUUAUUAAACUGAUAAUCAUCACGUGUGAACUUACAAAAUAAAUACAGGUAGUAUCGAUCAAGAUGAUCUAAACCAACAGACCUCAAGGUCAAUCAGCACAGACCAACAACAAGAAGCGUCUCUUUGCCUCCGGUACAGAACACAACACAAAGUGCCUAAACAGAAAACACAAAUCCGAGGAAGAUGUUCUGUCUGAAGAUUCACACAGUCGACAACCCCCAGCCCUUUUACACGACUCCUAACUCUUCAUCUCUUCAUUACAACCCCAUCAACGAACUCAGAGGCGUGGCCCAUCUCUUUCGUAAUCUUCAAUCCCUGUCUUCCUCUUCUUCUUCCUCCGUGGGCCCCACCUACACGCUUUCCAACCCCUCUGUCCGAAGCACUCUUCUUUUCGUGGCUGCUGUUCCUAAUUAUCUGUCUUUUGAUGAUUUCUUGAGCUUUUGUGAUCACCAUGUUAAUUACUUCUCCCAACUCAUCUUUCUCAGGAAUGAUGGGAUGGAGGAUCGGUAUAGUGUGGUGAUUAGGCUUGUUGAUCAGCUGAGUUCUGAUGGCUUUUAUUGUUGUUAUAAUGGAAAGCGAUUUCGACAAUCAGAGGGGGAAAUUUGUCACAUCUAUUUUAUGCAAGCAGUAGAGUAUACUGAGUUCGCUGAGAUUGCGAGUGAACCUCCUCCGGGUUUCGCUGAAUUGCCAACUUGUCCUAUUUGUCUAGAGAGAUUGGACCAAGACACAAGUGCAAUCCAGACCACACUUUGUGAUCACUCUUUUCGCUGCUCUUGUGUUUCCAAAUGGACCUACAUGUCUUGCCAGGUUUGUCGACUUUGUCAGCAUGAGGAAGAGAAACCAACAUGUGCAGUGUGUGGAACACUAGAAAUCCCCUGUGUUUGUCUCAUAUGUGGUUUUGUUGGAUGUGGAAGGUAUGAGAAAGGACAUGCUAUUAUGCAUUGGAAUGAUACGCAACAUGGGUAUUCACUUGAAUUAGAGAAGCAGCAGAUUUGGGAUUAUGUUGGUGACAAAUAUGUUCACCGGUUAAAUCAAUCAAAAAUUGGUAGCAAGCCGGUCAUGAGAAGUUAUAACAAUACAUCAGAAGAUGGAGGAUGUGCUACUUGUGUUUCUAACGAGGAAUAUUCAGAAAUUGGUGGUGCACUUUUUAGCAGCAAAGUUGAUGCGAUAGUUGAUGAGUAUAAUCAUCUUCUUGCAACUCAAAUGGAGACCCAAAGACAACACUAUGAAACUCUACUUAAUGAAGCAAAAGUUAAAAGAGAGGUAUCCAUAUCUAAAAGAAAAGAAAUGGCUGAUUAUGAGAUGCGGAAGCUUCAAGAUGAAAUAGAAGAAGCAGUUAAAGAAACAAAAGUUAUUGCUAGUAUGAAUGAAGAACUUGUGAAAGACCAGGAUAAUUUGAGGAAAAAACAUAUGGAUAUCGAGGAGAGUAUAAUUUCAACACGAAAACUGAACGCUGAAAAGAUUCUUGAUCUUGAAGAACAGAUUAGAGACCUAAAAGUGUACAUUGAAGCUCAAAGAACACUUGCUAGCAUGACAGACUCGGAUGGCAUUCGGGGUGGAACCCUCCUUCCGGUUCAAUCCAGCCAAUCUACUGGAAACAAUCCUAAGAGACGAACAAAAUCAGGUCGAAGGCGCAAUUAGUUGCAUAUAUCAUUUCUAUCUUGGCACUGAGCAAGUGAUGUAGGGAGUCGUUACAUUGCUAUCGAACAUGGAACAAACAUUAUCUGGCUACAAUCAUGAAAAUUCCAACAAGUAUGGUUCUUAUUGAUACUUAGAUUCUUGUAAAUCAUACAACUAUCAUACAACCACAUAUCCUUGAGGGGCGAGGCUGCAUUUUCCGUGUCAAAUGGACAUGACAAGACAGACCUAUAAUUUCAUUGUGAUGUGGCUAUAUAUGAUAUUGGUUUGUUGGACAAAACAAACCUAUAGUUGAUUGUUGCUAAUAUAUUUUGCGGUCCAUAUCUA